UUUCUUCAGGAAGCCUCCGAAGCGGUGCAACUCGGAAAGGGGAAGCCAUUCAAAACAAACCAUGGCGGUAAAAAUGGACGCGCAAGAUGUAACAAAAUCACUCGCCGGUGAGACAAACGAAGAAUUCCGAGUGCGGCUGACGUCUAAAAAAGAAACUAUCGAACAAAUGAAUCAGUACAAAGCGAUUUUAAACAAAGCACUGGACGGACAAACGGGAAUUCCGGAGAAAACGAAGCGACUUUUACUUGAGCAGCUGCUGACGGACUUUGAGGAUGCCGUUCAAGCAAACGUGUUGGUGAAUGGACAGACGUGGGACGAUGCCCCAAAUGACGAUGAUGAGGACAAGUUGGCCCACCUGGAGAAGACGCUGGACGAUGCCAUCAUGGAGACGGUGUAUAAGCGACGCGCAUUCCCCCCGCAAAUCCUGCGCUCGGCGUUGCGCUCCCUCAAAGCAGAGAGGCAACUUCUGGACUGUUAUGAAAAACCAGUCAAACCUCAGCAGAUGCUCACAGAUCCUCAGACAGAGAACUUGAUGAAGGACCUGUCAGAUCGGACAUCUGGACUGGCAAAGCACACCACGCAAGUCAUAAAGUCCAUCUACAUGCUGGAGAAUCAGGCCAAACUCUUACACGAGGUGAUCAACAUGAAACCCAAUCAGGCGUCGGAAGAAGUGCAUCAAGAUGUGUUUGGCAGCAGCCAAACAGCAGAAGCUCCGCCUCGCCCACCGGACCCGACCCAGAGCAGCGAGAUGCGGAAGCAGCAGUCGACCCGACGAGACGCGGAUGACGCUGUCACCUCAGCGGGAUACGUGGGAAAAAAGUAAAAAACAGUUUAGUGUUCAGUACGUUAAGUGACGUUUGAAUCAUAACCGUGCUUACUGUUAAGCUUUUUGAGUUACCAAGCUGACAUUGAUAAAAAAAAGAAAAAUUAUUUUACAAAAAUAAUAAUCUAUACUGGCGGCACGGUGGACGACUGGUUAGCACAUCUGCCUCACAGUUCUGAGGACUGGGUUUCAAAUCCCGGCCCCGCCUGUGUGAAGUUCGCAUGUUCUCCCCGUGCCUGCGUGGGUUUUCUCGGGCCAUUCCGGUUUCCUCCCACAUCCCAAAAACAUGCAUGGUAGGUUGAUUGAAGACUCUAAAUUGGCCGUAGGUGUAAAUGUGAGUAUGAAUGGUUGUUUGUUUAUAUGUGCCCUGCGAUUGGCUGGCGACCAGUGCAGGGUGUACCCCGCUGGGAUAGGCUCCGGAACGCCCGUCACCCGAGUGAGGAUAAGCGGAACGGAAGAUGAAUGAGUGAAUGAAUAGUCUAAUGUGUGGAUGUAAAGUAUAUUCAAGGGAAAUGGUUUUGUGAAGACAAAUAAGAUAACAUUUAUUUUAAAUUCAGUGUUUACCUCGUUCAUUUCACCUUGGAAUUGAUUUCCAACACUUCAGAAAUUCCCACCCACCAAAAAUUUCACUUUUUCAACCAAACCUUUCCUCCUUUUGACCCAAUAUUCCCAUAUUAUGACAUAUUCUACAUUAUUCCCUCCUCAUUCAACAUUUCUCGACCUAUUGACACCAUUCGAAUAUGCAGCUCAUUUCGCUUCAUUCAAUAUCAUUUCACAUUAUGAUUGUACAUCAUUCCAUGUAAUUCGACAUGAUUCAAUAGCAUUCCACAAGGUUUCAACCAGCAUUUCACCAUUCACACGCAAUUUCUCCAGGAAUUACAGUCUAGCUGUAUGUUGAACUUGUGUACAUUUAAUAAACACAGUGACCGAGCCAUCAAUUUUGUCUUUACUGAAUCACCUGCAAAAAUGUCAUUUAAAAGAAAUAAGGUAAAUCAUCAAUGAAUACAGAUAUUAAAUGUUUCACCAUUCUUUAUUCUUUUCAUUAAACAAGGCUUAGAAAAACUAUCACCGUAGAAAUGUCAUUGAAAAUAUGCAGUUUGUCCACUGACUUUACAUUAAGUUCACUAAUAAGCCAAGAGAGGUCGCCAAACACUCAAUGACGCAAUAAGCUGAGGUGCCCAUGUGCAACAGCGUCCCUGGUGGUGAAUUUAUCUGGGAAAAAAUAUUUACUGUAUUUGUAUUUGUUACCUACGUACUUAUAAAUAUUAAAGGUUAUUUUAUUUUGA